CUGGAGCGAUGUCGGACUCGGAGAGCGAGGAGGAGGCGGAGGGGGGCCGCGCCGGGCCCUUCUCCCUGGCCGGGUUCCUCUUCGGGAACAUUAACGAGGCGGGGCAGCUGGAGGGGGAGAGCGUCUUGGACAAGGAAUCCAAGAAGCAUUUAGCCGGUUUGGGCGCCUUGGGGCUGGGCAACCUGAUCACCGAGAUCACAGCCAGCGAGGAGGAUGCUGCUGAGACUGACGGAGCCCAGCUGGAUGAGGAGGGCUGGGUUAAGAGCACAGAGGAUGCUGUUGAUUACUCUGAUAUUAAUGAGGUGGCUGAAGAUGAGAGCCGCAGAUACAGGCAGGCAAUGGGCACCCUUCAGCCAAUUCGAAGACAAGAUGAAGAUGAGGAUGAUUAUGAUGCUGACUGUGAAGAUAUUGAUUCCAAGCUGAUGCCGCCGCCGCCUCCACCUCCAGUAAAGAGAGACGAUGAAAAAGAUGCAACUGCCCCUGUAUCUGAAGAUGGAGAUGGUAUCAUUCUGCCCUCCAUCAUUGCUCCGUCCUCUGCUACCUCUGAGAAGGCAGAUUUCAGCAGCUCUUCUGAUUCUGAGUCAGAGAUGGGACCCCAAGAUGCAAGGCAGGCAGAAUCCAAGGAAGGGAAACUGACACUGCCUCUUGCAGGAAUAAUGCAGCGAGAUGCCACCAAACAGCUGCCGAAUGUUACCGAGCUGUUUCCGGAAUUCCGGCCUGGCAAGGUGCUGCGUUUUCUCCGUCUCUUUGGCCCUGGGAAGAAUGUUCCUUCUGUUUGGCGUAGUGCCCGGAGGAAACGCAAAAAGAAACAUCGUGAGCUAAUGCAAGAAGUGCAGAUCCAGGAGGGUGAAGCUGCAACCGAGGCAGGAAUGGAAGAGAAGUCUCCCUGGGAAUAUGAAUUUGCUCCUCCUCCUCCUCCUGAGCAGUGCCUCUCAGAUGAUGAGAUCACUAUGAUGGCACCUGUGGAGUCCAAGUUUUCCCAGUCUACUGGAGACAUAGACAAAGUGACAGAUACCAAGCCCAAGGUGUCUGAAUGGCGUUAUGGGCCAGCCCAGCUCUGGUAUGAUAUGCUGGGGAUCCCUGAGGAUGGCAGUGGAUUUGACUAUGGUUUCAAACUAAAAGAGCAUGCGAGAGAACAGGAGACUUCAGGUCAUUCUGUGGAGAAGGUGAGAGGAAGCAUGUGUAAGGGGGAGGGGGAUGACUUGCUGGCUGAUGAGCACUUCCUCAUGGUGACACAGCUACAAUGGGAGGAUGAUGUGAUCUGGAAUGGGGAGGAUGUCAAACACAAAGGGACUAAAACACAGCGUGCGAGCCUGGCAGGCUGGCUGCCCUCCAGUAUGACCAGAAACGCCACUGCGUACAAUGCCCAGCAAGGCUUUGCAGCUGCCCUGGAUGAAGAUAAACCCUGGUUCUCCAUUUUCCCAAUCGAUAAUGAGGAGUUAGUGUAUGGCCGUUGGGAAGACAAUAUCAUCUGGGAUGACCAGGCGAUGGAAAUGUUCUUGGAUCCUCCAGUCCUGACACUCGACCCAAAUGAUGAAAACAUCAUCCUGGAAAUUCCUGAUGAAAAGGAAGAGAUGACUUUGAACUCUCCCUCCAAGGAGAACAAGAAAGAAUCAUCUCUAAAGAAGAGUCGGAUCCUGUUGGGAAAAACAGGCGUCAUCAAGGAAGAACCACAGCAGAAUAUGUCUCAGCCGGAGGUGAAGGAUCCCUGGAAUCUCUCCAAUGAUGAGUUUUACUAUCCCAAACAGCAGGGGCUUCGAGGAACCUUUGGAGGGAACAUCAUCCAGCACUCUAUCCCUGCAGUGGAACUUCGCCAGCCAUUCUUCCCCACCCAUAUGGGUCCUAUGAAGCUCCGACAAUUUCAUCGCCCUCCAUUGAAGAAAUAUUCCUUUGGGACCUUGUCCCAGCCAGGACCCCAUUCUGUGCAGCCACUGCUGAAACAUAUCAAGAAGAAAGCCAAGAUGAGAGAGCAGGAGCGGCAGGCUUCAGGAGGUGGUGAGAUGUUCUUCAUGCGCACACCACAGGACCUAACUGGUAAGGAUGGUGACCUCAUCCUUGCUGAGUAUAGUGAGGAAAAUGGCCCUUUAAUGAUGCAGGUUGGCAUGGCAACAAAGAUAAAGAACUACUACAAGCGGAAACCUGGCAAGGAUCCUGGAGCACCAGAUUGUAAAUACGGAGAGACUGUUUACUGUCACACAUCUCCAUUCCUGGGAUCGCUGCACCCUGGCCAGUUACUGCAGGCAUUUGAAAACAAUCUCUUCCGGGCUCCCAUUUAUCUGCACAAGAUGCCAGAAACGGAUUUCCUAAUUAUCCGGACACGACAAGGCUGUUACAUUCGGGAGCUGGUCGAUAUCUUUGUCGUUGGACAGGAGUGCCCCCUCUUUGAAGUUCCUGGUCCCAACUCCAAACGGGCCAAUACCCACAUCAGAGACUUUCUACAGGUCUUCAUUUAUCGCUUGUUCUGGAAGAGCAGAGACCGGCCCCGGAGAAUUCGCAUGGAGGAUAUCAAAAAGGCAUUUCCUUCACACUCCGAGAGCAGCAUUCGAAAGCGGCUAAAGCUAUGUGCUGACUUUAAACGCACAGGGAUGGAUUCAAAUUGGUGGGUAUUAAAGUCAGACUUCAGAUUACCAACAGAAGAGGAAAUAAGAGCGAUGGUGUCCCCAGAGCAGUGCUGCGCCUAUUAUAGCAUGAUUGCAGCUGAACAGCGGCUAAAGGAUGCAGGUUAUGGGGAAAAAUCGUUCUUUGCCCCAGAGGAAGAGAAUGAAGAGGACUUCCAGAUGAAGAUUGAUGAUGAGGUGCGCACAGCUCCUUGGAAUACCACACGAGCCUUCAUUGCUGCUAUGAAGGGGAAGUGUCUUCUGGAAGUGACUGGUGUGGCAGAUCCUACAGGUUGUGGUGAAGGAUUCUCUUAUGUGAAGAUCCCAAACAAACCAACCCAGCAGAAGGAUGACAAGGAGCCACAGCCAGUGAAGAAGACCGUGACAGGGACGGAUGCUGAUCUCCGGCGUCUGUCUCUCAAAAAUGCCAAACAGCUUCUACGUAAAUUUGGUGUUCCUGAAGAAGAGAUUAAGAAGCUUUCCCGUUGGGAAGUGAUUGAUGUGGUGCGCACAAUGUCCACAGAGCAGGCUCGCUCAGGGGAGGGGCCUAUGAGUAAAUUUGCACGUGGGUCUCGGUUCUCAGUGGCAGAACAUCAGGAGAGAUAUAAAGAGGAGUGUCAGCGCAUCUUUGACUUGCAGAAUAAAGUUUUAGAAUCAACUGAGAUCUUAUCAACAGACACAGACAGCAGCUCAGCUGAGGACAGUGACUUCGAGGAGAUGGGAAAGAAUAUUGAGAAUAUGUUACAGAACAAGAAAACCAGCUCACAGCUGUCUCGGGAGAGAGAAGAACAGGAGCGGAAGGAGCUGCAGAGGAUGCUUAUGGGAGAAGACACAUCAGCUUCAGGCAUCUCAGCAGGCUCUCACAAAGAUGAUGACACUGCCUCUGUAACCAGUCUCAAUUCCUCUGCCACUGGCCGUCGCCUCAAAAUCUAUCGCACAUUUCGAGACGAGGAUGGGAAAGAGUAUGUGCGGUGUGAGACAGUUCGUAAGCCCUCUGUCAUUGAUGCCUACAGCCGAAUACGGACCACCAAGGAUGAAGAGUUCAUACGAAAAUUUGCCCUCUUUGAUGAGCAGCACCGGGAGGAGAUGCGGAAGGAGCGGCGCAGGAUCCAGGAGCAGCUAAGGCGGCUCAAACGGAACCAGGAAAAAGAAAAACUCAAGGGCCCACCAGAGAAAAAACCCAAGAAAAUGAAGGAGCGGCCAGAUCUGAAGUUAAAAUGUGGGGCCUGUGGUGCAAUUGGACACAUGAGAACUAAUAAAUUCUGUCCCCUCUACUAUCAAACGAAUGCCCCACCCUCCAACCCUGUUGCCAUGACAGAGGAGCAGGAGGAAGAGCUGGAAAAGACAGUCAUUCACAAUGAUAAUGAAGAGCUUAUCAAAGUGGAGGGGACCAAAAUUGUCCUCGGAAAGCAACUGAUUGAGAGUGCAGAUGAGGUUCGCAGGAAAUCACUGGUCUUGAAGUUCCCUAAACAGCAGCUUCCUCCAAAGAAAAAGCGGCGAGUUGGGACCACAGUUCACUGCGAUUACUUGAAUCGGCCUCACAAGUCCAUCCAUCGGCGACGAACGGACCCUAUGGUAACUUUGUCAUCCAUUCUAGAGGGCAUUAUCAACGAUAUGAGGGAUCUUCCCAAUACAUACCCAUUUCACACACCUGUUAAUGCAAAGGUCGUGAAAGACUAUUACAAAAUCAUUACACGGCCUAUGGACCUACAGACCCUGCGUGAAAAUGUCCGUAAACGUCUAUAUCCUUCCCGGGAAGAGUUCCGUGAACACCUGGAGCUGAUUGUCAAGAACAGUGCAACGUACAAUGGGCCAAAACACUCACUGACCCAGAUAUCUCAGUCCAUGCUGGACCUCUGUGAUGAAAAACUAAAAGAGAAGGAAGAUAAACUGGCUCGUUUAGAGAAAGCAAUUAAUCCUCUCCUGGACGAUGACGACCAAGUGGCUUUUUCCUUCAUAUUGGAUAACAUCGUCACUCAAAAAAUGAUGGUGGUACCAGAUUCUUGGCCAUUUCAUCAUCCAGUUAAUAAAAAGUUUGUUCCAGAUUAUUACAAAGUGAUCAUCAAUCCAAUGGACCUAGAGACCAUCCGCAAGAAUAUCUCCAAACACAAGUAUCAGAACAGGGAGACCUUCCUGGAUGAUGUUAAACUGAUCCUUGCCAACAGCAUUAAGUACAAUGGGCCGGAUAGUCAGUACACAAAAACUGCUCAGGAAAUCGUGAACAUCUGUUGCCAGACGCUGGCUGAGUAUGAUGAGCAUUUGACUCAGCUUGAGAGAGACAUCUCUACUGCUAAGGAAGCAGCACUGGAGGAGGCAGAUUUGGAAAGCCUUGACCCUAUGACCCCUGGACCCUACACACCUCAGGUGAAACCACCAGAUUUGUAUGAUACCAACACCUCUCUCAGUAUGUCACGUGAUGCUUCAGUCUAUCAAGAUGAGAGCAACUUGUCUGCUAUGGACACUCCCACCACUACUCCAGAGAAGCGGGGGACACAGGAAGUUGAAGAUGGGGAUGGUGACCUUGCUGAUGAAGAAGAAGGCUCAGCACAACAGCCCCAGGCCAGUGUUCUUUAUGAAGAUUUGCUUAUGUCAGAUGGAGAGGAUGAUGAUGAAGGGAGUGAUGAAGAAGGCGAUAAUCCCUUUUCAUCUAUCCAGCUGAGUGAAAGUGGCAGUGAUUCAGAUGUGGAGCCCAGUGCAAUGAGACCCAAACAACCUCAUGUCCUUCAAGAGAACACACGAAUGGGCAUGGAGAAUGAAGAGAGUAUGAUGUCCUAUGAGGGAGAUGGUGGAGAGACCUCUCAUGUUAUGGAGGACAGUAAUAUCAGUUAUGGCAGCUAUGAGGAGCCAGAUCCAAAGUCCAACACACGAGAUACCAGCUUUAGCAGCAUUGGAGGGUAUGAGAUCUCUGAAGAGGAGGAGGAGGAGGAGGAAGAACAGCGAUGUGGGCCAAGUGUGUUAAGUCAGGUUCAUCUUUCAGAGGAUGAGGAAGAUAGCGAGGAUUUUCACUCCAUUGCAGGAGAUAGUGACCUGGACUCAGAUGAAUGAGUUGUCCAGACACCCUCAGUUACUGAGGGAUGUAGCAAUCUGUGGUCUGGAUUCAGAUGAAUGAAGUUCCCUCAUACUCUUUUGUACCAAGGGACUAUGCACUGUUAAUUUGAAGCAUCUUAUUUUUCUCGUAUAACUUAAAUUUUAGUAGAAUUCUGUUGUAUAUUUAUUAUUAAAUUAUCUGAAUUGUGAAUGACAAGAUUUAGACAAAGAUAACUUGCUGUGACCUGCACAGUAGUCCAGGAGCUCUAGUUACUGAAGCCAGCUACAGGUUUAUAAUCUGUUUUACUUCCCUUCAUUCUUUUCAGAUAUACACUGAAAAUGUCUUACAAAUAUUAGGCUGUUGUUUAAAUACCUUACAUUGACCUUUGAUAUGACUCAGUUAACCAGCCUAUACAUUUAUAUAAGAAAUAAACAAUUGAAGAAAUAUUCUACAAAAGUCUGAGUAAAUUUAACAUCUAAAGCAUUUUUUAACAUAUAAAGCAGCUGUUUUCCCUUUAUUAAAAAGAAGGGCAUGGUCCUUUAUAUUUUCUGAAGUGUACCCCAAAUAUUCAGAAAAAAAUUAGUCAGGCCCAUCAGCCCAUGAAUGCAUUCCCUGGAAUUCUACCACAACUGGUUUCUAGGUCUCUUGGGAACUGCUUAAUGGCCUUGAACAUCUUAAUUCACAGGAAGAACGCUUUUGAAGCUCCUUGCUCAAGUUAGAGUUUGUCCUGGAAUUCCGUAACUGCUAACCCAAGUCUUCAUCCAGGAGUUGCACGGGAAUUUCUCCGGGCUUUCCUUGUGCUUUAAAAUAUCUGGGAGUGAGUUCACUUUCCUGUCUUAAUCAAAUGAAGAGAAAGCAUAGAACCAUCUAGGAAGUGCUAUAGAGCCUCCAUGUCUCUCUGUUGUAUAGUUCAUUGGAUGAAUCCUUAAAAUCAAAAUACAGAUAAAUUCCUUAUACGCUACUUCAUUAUAGGAUGGUUUCUGUUCCACUGUCCCUUAGCUUUUGUGAGAGCAGGUCUCAGUCCAUUUGUGAUUUCAUAACCAUCCUUGCCAGGUAAGCCUGUUGGUGCUCUUCCAUGUAUGGGACAGAAGGGAGAAGAAUAGAUCGUGUUCAAAGUGAAAUUUAAAAUCUGAUAUGUUUAGCUACUAUAAAGUGAGUACUUAGCGAUUGGGUUCCUUCAAAAUACCUCUGUCGCACUUGGAAAAAUCCCUUCUUUUGCACAUAUCUACAAAUAAUAGUAGCUACAAAUCCAACCAGAAUCAUAAAUGUUGAAUUUCCUGACUUGUGUAUUUAAAUUCUCAAUCUUUCAGUUGAUAUUGACACAUUUUGUUUUAAUGUAAGUUACUUCGUUAUUUAAUUUACAGUUUGGUAGUGAAUGUAUUUGAAAUAAAU